AUGGCAGCAAUUUUCACCGUUGACUUUCAAAUCUGCUUUAUCUGUAUCGUCAUGUGCCUCUUCUCAGUCAUCUUUUACUCUCUCUUCUUGGUCAGGAAAACAAAGGUCGGCUGUGAUCUGCCUCCGAGCCCUCCGUCUCUACCAAUCACUGGCCAUCUUCACCUUCUCCUCUCUCUUCUAAUCCACAGAACUUUACAGAAACUCUCCUUCAAGUAUGGACCUAUCCUCCAUCUCCGCAUCUUUAAUGUCCCCAUAGUUCUCGUCUCCUCUGCCUCAAUAGCCUAUGAGAUCUUUAGGUCCCAAGACCUAAACGUUUCCACUCGUAACCUCCCUAUGACAAACGAGAGUUCUGUCUUCUUCGGAUCAUCUGGCUUCAUUACCGCACCUUACGGAUACUACUGGAAGUACGCAAAGAAGAUCAUCGUCACCAAGCUCCUCGGACCUCAAGCUCUCCAUAGGUCACGAUGCAUCCGUGCAGAUGAGGUAAAGCGGUUCUACUCAAACUUGCUCGAUAAGGCGAUGAAGAAAGAGACCGUUGAUAUUGGCGAGGAAGCAAUGAAGCUAAUUAACAACGUCAUCUGCAAGAUGCUUAUGGGGAGGAGUUGCUCAGAGGAGAACGGUGAAGCAGAGAAAGUCAGGGGCUUAGUGACCGAGUCAGAUGCCUUUCUGAAGAAAUUUGUCUUGGCGGGCAUCUUCAAGAAACUCGGGGUUUCGCUGUUCAAAAAGGAGUUAACUGGUUAUUCCCGGAGGUUCGACGUGGUGUUGGAGACGAUUCUUGUCGAAUGCGAAGAGAAAGUGAGCGAGAACCAUGAAGUUACUGACAUGGUUGAUGUGCUGUUAGAAGCUUAUGGAAACAAAAACGCAGAGUACAACAUCACUAGGAACCAUAUCAAGUCUUUGUUUGCGGAUAUUUUCGUUGCAGGCAUUGACACCUCCACACACGUUAUACAGUGGACCAUGGCCGAAAUCAUUAACAAUCCUAACAUUCUUGAGAAACUGAUAGAAGAAAUCGAUUCUGUGGUAGGGAAAACAAGUCUGAUUCAAGAAACAGAUUUACCGAACUUGCCUUACUUGCAAGCGGUCGUCAAAGAAGGGCUAAGAUUGCAUCCACCGACGCCUGUUUUGAUAAGGACGUUUCAAGAAAGGUGUGAGAUCAAAGGGUUCGACAUACCGGAGAAGACGACACUCGUUCUUAAUGCAUAUGCUAUAAUGAGAGAUCCUGAUUUCUGGGUAGAUCCUGAGGAGUUCAAGCCAGAGAGGUUUGUGAAUUCUUCAAAAUCAGGACUAGAGGAGGAGAUAAGAGAGGAAUGCCUCAAAUACAUUCCUUUUGGCUGCGGAAGGAGAGGCUGUCCUGGAUCGAAUCUAGCUUAUAUCUUUCUAGGAACAGCGAUUGGAGUGAUGGUGCAGUGCUUUGACUGGAGAAUCAAAGGAGAUAAAGUCAACAUGAAUGAGACUGCUGGAGCAGUUACAUUGACCAUGGCACAUCCUCUUAAGUGCACUCCUGUUCCUCGAACCUUAACCCUUGAACUCGGAGACCUUUAA